AUGUCUCAUCCUUGGCUUGUUAAAGAACAAGACCAGUGCAACUAUGGUCUUCAAUGGCAGCAAGUAAUUGCUACCAAUCAAGCACCAAAUGUCGUCCUCGGUCCACACAACUUUCAUUAUCCUCCAGAGAAAAAUGCGUUCGCUGUUCAAGGUCAACAAGAUCAGCAAUACAUUCAAGACUUCGAAACCAACAUUCGCUCCUCGCUCAAAGAUUUUCUUGUCUCUGAGCUACCUGACUGUACAUGGACCUUGAAUAUUCUUCGACUUGGCUUCGAAAAUAAUAGAAGCGACAAUCCGAUUGUUCUUCAUCUAUUUAUUCAAACCCCAGAUUACUUCCUGGAUAUUGAAAACAACAGAGAGAUUGAAAACAACAGAGAGAUUGAAAACAACAGAGAGAUUGAAAACAACAGAGAGAUUGAAAACAACAGAGAGAUUGAAAAAAUUAGGAAAAAUGCUAUCAAGGUCCUGGAAUGCAUGGAUAAGAUCAUCUCCCAAAAGAAAAAGACUUCUGAGAAAUACUUCAUUGACAUUUGUCAAAUUUAUAGUUCGACACUUAGAAGCUCCGCAUUGCAAAGCAACCGAGGUGUUGAUCUCACACAUAAUUUUGAAAAUAUAUAUGAAGAAUACACUCCACUUCCUGAACUCUCGAUCGGACGCGAAGAAUACAAUACUGCUGGUUCCUUGACUGGUUUCCUGAGACAUAAUAAUGAUAUCUACAGUCUUACUUGCAGACACGUUGCUUUCCCGGACAAAAACUUUCGAUCCGGCUACAAACAUCAGAAGGGAGAGGAAAAAUUGCAAGUAUCUAUACCUGCAAUGAAGGAUCAUGGUGAAACCAAGGGAAGAUUGAAAUUUGCUCUUGAUAACAUCAAGUUCGGAACCAAAAACGUACGCUUCGAAGAUGCGGCGAAUAUCGACGAAGAGUAUAUGUUGCGUAUAGAAAAACAAGAAAUCCAUCGAAAGUCAUGUCUCAUUCGAUACAAAGCGGCUGAAGACUACUGUCCUAAUGCUGGCUACGUUUCUACUGCUCCAGAAGAAUGGCGCAAAGUUCCUGGUUAUACUGGAAAUCUCGAUUGGGCCAUUAUCAAAAAUCUUUGCGUUGGCACCAGUAACACAUUACCUCGAACAAGAUUCGUAGAAGAAACUCAAAUCUCCAGUUUGAUUCAAGGCAAACAAAAGAAAAUCAGUGGUCAAUUGACGAAUGUAAAGCUUUCAAUUCAAAGUGUCAGGUGUUACAAGAUUCAGAGGAAUUCAAUAUCAAGCAUCCGAGCUCGUCUUCGGUCCUUGGCACAAAUAGAUUCUACUUCAAAGCACCAAGUCGAACAUUGGAAAACAGCAUCUGGUGGAGGCGAUUCUGGUGCCCUAAUCUAUGAUAUCGAUAUUGACACUACAGAUGCUGAUAAGCAUACUGCGGCUCUCAUACCCGUGGCUAUGAUUUGGGGUGGUAAUCAUCAUGGAUCGGUUAUUUCGGGCUUUGGUGAUGUUACAUAUGCGACUCCAAUCGGCGCAGUGUUGAAGGAUAUCGAGUGUGAAAUGGGAUGGGAUGAGGGAAGCCUUAAAUUUUGCUAA